UUUCUUGUGAUUUUCGCUCUUAUUUUACUUUUUUCUUCUUUUUUUUCUGGAUAAAUUUCUGAGUAGAUGCUGCGAUAUUCAUGGAGAUUCUUUAGUUUCUGGGGUCCAGCUCAAGUUCUCCUUUUUCUUUCUAUUUAUUUUCUGCGUUUUAAGAGCUCUUUAAUGGGCUUAAAUGGAGGCUUCUAAUGUUUUGAGACGACAAGCAUGUGGCCCAUGGAUGGACUUUGAGAAGAGCAGAGGGAAACAUGUUGAUUGUCUACAGUUUCCUGAGAGAUGGAGAGAGCAGCGAGGAUUUCAGAGGUCUACUACUUCAGGGCCUUUUCAGUUGAAAAGUGUCUCAAGAAAAUCUAGGCUUGUGGCAAGGGAUCUAUCUUGCUCAUACAAGAACUUUACUGUUUCAUCGGAAUUGGAACUGAAAAACUUAGGUACUGCUGAGAAAGAGGCAUUAAUAAUAAAGAAGAAGGCACUAGAGGUUUCUCCACAUUUGAAAGGAAGUUGUAUUUUCCUUGUCGGCCUGAUGGGCUCUGGGAAGACCACGGUUGGCAAGAUUCUGUCAGAAGCACUGGGUUAUUACUUUUUUGACAGUGACAAAUUGGUGGAGCAGGCUGUUGGUGGAACUUCUGUGGCUCAGAUUUUCAAGGAGCAUAGUGAAGAUUUUUUCAGAGAUAAUGAGAGUGAGGCUUUAAGGGAGUUGUCUCUGAUGCACCAGUUGGUUGUUGCAACCGGAGGUGGAGCAGUCAUUCGGCCCGUUAACUGGAAAUACAUGAAACAGGGGAUAACUGUGUGGUUGGAUGUGCCCCUUGAAGCUCUGGCUAAACGAAUUGCAGCAGUAGGAACAGAUUCUCGUCCGCUUUUGCAUGAAGAAGAUGGCGAUGCAUAUACAAAGGCCUAUUUACGGCUCACAGCAUUGUUCAAGGAAAGAGGUGAAGCAUAUGCCAAUGCAGAUGCAAGGGUUUCUUUGCUUCAAAUUGCUGCUGAAAAGGGACACAAUGAUGUAUCCACUCUCACUCCAACAGCUAUCGCAACUGAGGCACUUGAAAGAAUUAAGAGUGUUCUAAGCUUGAAGAAAUCCAAUGGAAGGCUAUCUUAAUUUCCAGGAACCACCAGGGUCUCUCUCUCUCUCCUCCCCUGUUUUAAUCUCAUUAUGUAUAUGUGCUGUCAUUAUGUUCAUAUGGAUGAGUAUUGAGUGCAAAUUGGCAUGCAUCCAUUGUUUUGUUUUUUCAUUUCUUUGGUCAGUGAGGCUUCUGUACAUAAUUGAAAUUACAACUGUUAAAAAAUUCAAAUGUUUAAAUGAUCAAAAGAUUUUCUUGAGGAUUGAGCUGCUUGUUUGUUGAAAAAUAAUACAAAUUCAGUGUAAAGUUUUGAUGCUAGCCAGAGUCUUCUAUCUAGUUGAAUCAGACUUUUAGUUUUGCUCUGGAAUCUUUUGCCAAAGUAGAAGUGGAAACCAGUGAAAUACCAUUUAUUUUAUGAGUUAUGGCCAAGGGGCAUCUGAUUAUUGAGCUCUGUGUUAACCAUUUGGUUUGUACUUUAAGCCUGCUUUCCCAAUUGCUCAACAGAGAGAGAGAGAGAGAGAGAGAACACAGUGGCAUGAGCCUUCAUACAUUUCAGCAGUGGAAGAGAGAGAGAGAGAGAGAGAGAGAGAGAGAGAGCAUGAAGUGGCAUGAACCUUCAUCCAUUCAG